AAAAAGGACUCCCCUUACUCUUCACAGAAUCAGAACAGAACGAAGAAACGAAAGCCAAAACAAGAGAAGAGCAUCAAGUUCGCAGAUACAUUACUUCAUUUUCGCUAGUUGAAUUUUGAAGUCUUAUUUUCCUGAUCGAGAACCGGAAACAAGGGUUCGGAAAUAUCAGUUUGGUUUGAGGGUUUUUAAUUUCAUCUGUGACAAGAAGAAGCAACAAUGAAUCCUGACAAGUUCACUCACAAAACAAACGAGGCCAUUGCCGGGGCUCAUGAACUGGCAAUGAACUCUGGCCAUGCACAGUUUACUCCAAUUCACAUGGCCAUCACAUUGAUAACUGACCCAAAUGGCAUCCUCCGGCAAGCAGUCGCCAAUGCUGGUUGUGGAGAUGAGGCCGCCAACUCAUUUGAACGAGUCCUCAAUCAAGCCAUGAGGAAAAUUCCGUCUCAGCAUCCUGCCCCGGAUGAAAUCCCUGCAAGCACUUCUUUGAUUAAGGUAAUCAGGCGAGCCCAAUCGUCGCAGAAAUCUCGCGGCGAUACUCAUCUUGCCGUUGAUCAGUUGAUUCUUGGUCUUCUUGAGGAUUCCCAAAUCGGAGAUCUCCUCAAGGAGGCUGGGGUUAGUGUGGCAAGAGUGAAAUCAGAGGUUGAGAAGCUUCGAGGGAAGGAAGGAAGGAAGGUUGAAAGUGCUUCCGGCGACACCAAUUUUCAGGCAUUGAAGACUUAUGGUCGUGACCUUGUUGAACAGGCUGGGAAGCUAGACCCAGUCAUUGGUAGAGACGAAGAGAUUCGAAGAGUGAUAAGAAUUCUCUCUAGAAGAACAAAGAACAAUCCAGUUUUGAUUGGAGAACCUGGUGUGGGUAAGACCGCUGUGGUGGAAGGACUGGCUCAGAGAAUCGUCAGAGGAGAUGUCCCAAGCAACCUUUUAGAUGUGAGACUUAUUGCUUUGGAUAUGGGUGCCCUUGUGGCUGGAGCCAAAUACAGAGGAGAAUUUGAGGAGAGGUUGAAAUCUGUAUUGAAAGAGGUCGAAGAGGCUGAAGGGAAAGUAAUUCUCUUCAUUGAUGAGAUCCAUCUGGUUCUUGGAGCUGGUCGAACUGAGGGUUCCAUGGAUGCAGCUAAUUUGUUCAAGCCAAUGCUUGCCAGAGGCCAGCUGAGAUGCAUAGGUGCAACUACCCUUGAAGAGUACAGGAAAUAUGUUGAGAAGGAUGCUGCUUUUGAGAGACGAUUCCAGCAAGUUUAUGUUGCAGAGCCCAGUGUUGCAGACACAAUCAGCAUCCUUCGAGGAUUGAAAGAGAGGUAUGAAGGCCACCAUGGUGUUCGAAUUCAAGACAGAGCUCUUGUGGUUGCUGCUCAGCUCUCUAGUCGCUACAUUACUGGCCGUCAUCUACCCGAUAAGGCAAUUGAUCUGGUUGAUGAAGCUUGUGCAAAUGUGAGAGUCCAGCUUGAUAGCCAACCUGAAGAGAUUGAUAACCUUGAAAGAAAGAGAAUUCAGUUGGAAGUUGAGAUGCACGCUCUUGAGAAAGAGAAGGACAAAGCAAGCAAAGCCCGUCUUGUUGAGGUCCGGAAAGAGUUGGAUGAUUUGAGGGAUAAAUUACAACCACUGGUAAUGAAAUAUCGAAAGGAAAAAGAGAGGGUAGAUGAGAUGCGUAGAUUGAAGCAAAGGCGUGAGGAGCUUAUGAUCAGUUUACAAGAGGCUGAGAGAAGAAUGGACCUGGCUAGAGUGGCAGACCUGAGAUAUGGUGCCAUUCAAGAAAUAGAGUCUGCAAUUGCCAAGCUUGAGGGGAGCACUGAUGAGAAUCUAAUGCUUACUGAAACAGUUGGACCUGACCAGAUUGCAGAAGUGGUGAGCCGAUGGACAGGCAUACCUGUCACCAGGCUUGGACAAAAUGAGAAGGAGAGGCUGGUAGGGCUGCCUGAGAGGCUGCACAAGAGAGUUGUGGGACAGGACCAAGCUGUGAGUGCUGUUGCAGAGGCUGUUUUAAGGUCCAGAGCUGGUUUGGGUCGACCACAGCAACCAACUGGUUCAUUUCUCUUCUUGGGUCCAACUGGUGUUGGUAAGACUGAGCUUGCCAAGGCACUUGCCGAGCAACUCUUUGAUGAUGAGAACCUGCUUGUGAGGAUUGACAUGUCAGAGUACAUGGAGCAACAUUCUGUUGCCAGAUUGAUUGGCGCUCCUCCUGGGUAUGUUGGACAUGAGGAAGGCGGGCAGCUCACUGAGGCUGUGAGGCGGAGACCUUACAGUGUCAUAUUAUUUGAUGAAGUCGAGAAAGCGCACAUCUCUGUCUUCAACACCCUCCUUCAGGUUCUUGAUGAUGGUAGACUGACUGAUGGCCAAGGGCGCACUGUGGACUUCACCAACACAGUGAUCAUUAUGACUUCAAAUCUUGGAGCAGAGCAUCUCCUUGCAGGACUCAUGGGCAAAUGUACAAUGCAGAGUGCUAGGGAGAGAAUCAUGCAGGAGGUUAGAAGACAUUUCAGGCCAGAGCUGCUCAAUCGACUAGAUGAGAUUGUGGUCUUUGAUCCUCUUUCUCAUGAGCAACUAAGGAAAGUUGCUAGGCUCCAAAUGAGGGAUGUAGCAAGCCGCCUUGCCGAGAGGGGUGUUGCUCUGGCCGUGUCUGAUUCUGCUUUGGAUAUUGUUCUAGCUGCUAGCUACGAUCCAGUGUAUGGAGCAAGGCCGAUAAGAAGGUGGCUAGAGAAGAAAGUUGUGACAGAGCUAUCUAAAAUGCUCAUAAGGGAAGAGAUAGAUGAGAACUCCACUGUCUAUAUUGAUGCUGGGCCUGGAGGAAAGGAGCUCAUUUAUCGUGUGGAGAGGAAUGGAGGAUUGGUGAAUGCAACAACUGGACAGAAGUCAGAUAUAUUGAUUCAGAUCCCCAAUGAGAUUAGGAAUGAUGCUGCUCAAGCGGUGAAGAAGAUGAAUGAUAGAAGAGAUUGAUGAGGAUGAAGAGAUGGAGGACUAAAGUUGGACAGUGAAACCUACUAGACCCACUCUCUGGAUUUACAGGAGAGGGUUUUCUGUCAUGUUUUGGUUGUCUUUGUUUUGACUGCUUUGAUCAUGAAACUUCCGACUUGGGAUGUUUUUGAAUUUCUGAUGCUGUCUGAAUAGAAUUGUAUAAAAAAAAAGUGUUAAUUGAUUUUGGAA